CUUUUCUUAUUUGUCCCUCUGCGGCCCCCGUCGGAGUUGCAGGAAGGGGUGGAUUGUGUGUAUGUACCACCGCGCGGCGGCCUCUGUAGUUCAGAGAUGGCGGAAUAUACCUGCGUGAAAUCCACCAAGCUAGUUCUCAAGGGGGCGAAGGAGAAAAGUAAGAAAAAACACAGAGAUAAGAAAAGAAAAAGAGAAGAAAAUGCAGAAGAUCAGCUUGAUAUUGUUGGAAGCUGGUGGGCAGUAAAAAAUUUUGGUGAAAUCACAGGAACUGUGGCAAUAGAACUGGACAAGGGAGCUUAUAUCCACGCUCUUGACAAUGGCCUUUUUACCCUUGGAGCACCACAUAAAGAGGACGAUGGCCCUAGUCCUCCUGAACAGUUUACAGCAGUAAAGUUGUCUGAUACCAGAAUUGCACUGAAGUCUGGCUAUGGCAAAUACCUUGGCAUAAAUUCAGAUGGUCUUGUUAUUGGACGAUCAGAUGCAAUAGGAUCAAGAGAGCAAUGGGAACCUGUCUUCCAAGAUGGGAAAAUGGCUUUAUUAGCAGCAAAUAGCUGCUUUAUCACCUGUAAUGAAGAGGGAGAUAUAGAAGCCAAAAGUAAAACUGCAGGGGAAGAAGAAAUGAUAAAGAUCCGUACUUGUGCUGAAAGAGAAGCUAAGCAGAAAGAUGACAUUCCAGAAGAAGACAAAGGAAAUGUUAAACAAUGUGAAAUCAAUUAUGUAAAGAAGUUCCAAAGUUUCCAAGAUCGUAAACUCAAAAUAAGCCAAGAAGACAGUAAAGCUCUCAAAAAAGCUAGAAAAGAAGGCACUUUCCAUGAGACGCUGCUGGACAGGCGAGCAAAAUUGAAAGCCGAUAGAUACUGCAAGUGACAAAAACAAUUGGCUUGUUUGCUUGCUUUUAUAUCCUUUGGUUGUCCACCUGAACAUACUAUCUGAAUAAGACAUUUUGCAAAAGUGACUUUAUUUAUGGAAAGACUUUUUUGUUCCUACUUCUCAUUAGAAUUACUUUACAUGGUAUUGAAAUUUGGUAUGCAGAAUUUGAUCCAAAACUAAAUAGCUUUAGCAAAUUGAAUUGUCGAAGAUUCAGAGAAGCAACUCAGUAAUCUGAAGGUCAUGAUUAACAAUAAAGAAGAGAAGAGCUGAAUACAAAACGAACUACAAAGUUGCCCUGACAAAUUGUAUUUUCAUUGAAUAAAUAAAUAUUUUAUCAAACUAAUGUCUCUCUGAACAUAUGGGACUGAAGUCUCAGCUUGACUUCAGUUGAGCUAUGCUGCCUGAUACCAACUGAAGAUCUAGAAUGGUUUUCAACAUUUAUAGAGAACAAUGGGUCAUUAAGUGAAUACUUACAUAAACUAUGUACUUGAAAAACGGUAUGGAGAAAUGAAGAAAUGUAGAAAUUGAGGUUCUUCAUGAGAAAAAGAGACCCCUUAAUUACUCAUAUGUUGCUGAUAUUUUUAUGUUCUUUCAGAUUUUGCUAACUUAAAGCUGUUAGAUGGACUUGUUUCUAUCUUUUAAAGUAAAAAUGUUAAAGAAUGUUGAAAAUGCAGAUACUGUGCAUUCCUAAUAACUAUUACGUAGAAUACUGGUUGCUAUUUAUGCUUGUUACCAAAAUUUUAUUUUAAUAAAAUCCCUUUAUGGGAA